UUAAUUUUCAUCAGCAUAAUAAUUUUGUUGUUAAAUGUGUACAUAAGUGUUAUUUGGCAGUUUGUAAAUAUCUUACAUUGCUCCUUAUAGCGGCAGUGUGGAUACGCCGAGGGCGUGUUUUCCUCUGCUUCGUCUGUUGCUCAAAUUCACGAGCGGGACACGUUGCUGGCUAAGCUCCGUGAAACUUUAACAUGGAAUUUAAGGACAACCUUUUAAUUAAACGCACCGACGACGUAAAGCUGCUGUCCACAGCAGCAGUGCGCAGACAGCAGUUGACUCUCCACUGUCAGCAGUGCAGCGCUAUCCUGGCGGACUCCACGGGGGUCUGUGGAGAGAUGAAAAGCAUCGACGCGAUUAUGUGCAUAAGAGUAACCAGUGAUGUGGUCAUCAGUGAUAAGACAGAGUCAGGACAUAAAGGGGAACUGUCUAAUUGUAUCUACAACUCUUUAAAAUGCAGUGGCUGCCACAAUGCUUUGGGGAAAGUCAUUCACUCAGCACCAUCACAUUUGGCCGUGAUUCGCUCCAUUUUUCUCCUCUGCAAGGCAAACAUCAACUGCUACAUCCUCAACAGCAGCUCCAUGGUGAAAGCGUCCACGCUCACAUUUGAUCUGGAGCCUCUCGGAGAAAGCAUGAAUGAGGUGAAAAAGCAGUUCCAAGCACAGCUGGAUCAGAUGUCACGCAUGAAGAGCAGACUGACUGACAGCAGUGUUACCAGUAAAAGUGUAAAUGUGCACAGUACGUCCAGUUAGACCUUGAAUUUGGGAAAAUGUGUUCUCCAGUCUGCUGUUAACCAUAGAUGGGUUUUGUUGAUGGAGCUGUUUGUCUCUCUGUAUGUUUCCUCUUGCUUGUAAAUAAAACUAUAUCAGUAAUAAUAGAUUAGAGCUGAAAUGUAUUAGUCACUUUAUUUUUAGUGGAACAAUCAGUGAAUGCUGAUAUCACAGACUGUAUAUAAAAGAGGUAUGCAGCUGCAGUGUUGAAAAGUGUGAAUACUUAAUUGCCUUAAACCUGCAUUCUUUCUAAUAAACAGCAGGGGGCAACUGUUCAUUGAAAAAUGAAUUCUUAUGGUAAAGAAGAUGGAAAAACAACCCUCCUGCUCCUGUGAUCUGUGCCUUCACUAAACACCUUCCUGAUGAGUUUUUGUGACCUAGUUGUUACUCGGUCACCCCUCGUUUCUGAUGUGUUGCUUCAAAAAGAUGGCAAUGACCAAAAUCUUUUAGUACGGGACUUCACAGUUUUCAUCGUCCUCUAUGUUGGCAUCAUUCAGCUAGCAAACUAAUCCCUGUUUAUU